AUGUCUUCCCCCGACCUGAUUGCUCCUCGGCUCUCUCGCACUCCUACUCUUGUCGACCAGAAUGAGGAGAGGAGUCUUGAUGCUCUCACUCUCUCCACCCCACCAAAGAAGGCAGAGGCUGUCGUCACCGAGAGCAGCGAGUCAGAAGAGAACGUGACGUUCAAGAAAGACUUCGGCUUCUGGAUGAUCAUCCUUUCUCUCUGUGUCACAUCGAUCUUGGCUGCUCUUGAUCUGACGGCCGUGUCCACUGCUCUCCCCACGAUCGUCGACGACCUGCAUGGGGGGUCCGACUUUGUCUGGAUCGGUUCCGCCUUCACGCUCUCUUCCACCGCCAUCCUUCCGCUGUCCGGCAACAUCGCCACGAUCUUCGGACGCCAGUGGGCCCUACUCUCCUUUAUUUUUCUUUUCGCCGUCGGCAGUGCCGUCACCGGCUCGGCUAGAGACAUGCCCUCGAUUAUUGCGGGUCGGACCGUCCAAGGUUUGGGCGGCGGAGGCAUCCUCUCCCUAGCAGAGAUCGUCGUUGCGGACCUGGUGCCUCUCCGCGAGCGAGGCGUCUAUCUCGGCAUCCUUGGUGCUACGUGGUCUCUCGCGAGCGCCAUCGGCCCGCCCAUUGGAG